GUCCAUUGUAUUUUUAUAUUCUGAUUAUAGUUUUUAUGCUACCCAUUUUCAAAGUGGGAGAAAUACAUUGAGGUAUAUAGAUAUUCAAUAAACAUCUCUUGGACCUCUACAUUAUUCGACAUGUUCGAAUACAAUAAUUACCUGGUUUUUCUGUUAUUCUUUAGUAAGGGUAUUUCGGCUCUGACCUUUGGAACAGAUGUCAAAGAAAAGGUACCUUACCAAGUGGCAAUUUUUUCGCCAGCAAAUAACGCUAUACCCAAUUGUAAUGGUGCCCUUAUUUCUGAAGUUUGGGUGGUGACGUCAAAGAAGUGUAUACGGGAAAUGCCGGUACGCCUCGUACUAGGAGCUACUAAUAUACAAGAGAAAGAAGAUCAUCAAGUUGAAAUAAUCAUAAGAAGCAUGGAACAGAUGUUUUCUCCACAACGACCAGUGGAUGUAACAAUGGUGCGUCUUCUGCAGCCUGUAGGAGUCAACUCUUACAUACGUCCUAUAAAAGUUGGUAAAGCAGGUUCACAUCAUGAAGUUAUCGUGACAAGUUGGGGUGACCAUGGUGGUCAUUUGAAAGAAAGUUUUACUGGCAUCAAGUCAUCGUAUCGCUGUUACGCGAAAGGCACCGUCUUGAACAGAAGAAAACCAAGCAGAUACGAGAUAUGCACCUUUGGAACAGCUUGUAGGGGGGAUCAUGGUGCACCAUUAGUAUUCAGAGAUGACUCUGACAAAAUUAAACUGGUCGGAAUCUUAACUUCAUAUGAACCCAACUGUAGAAGCUUCUCAGAUUUUUACACUAGACUGAUGCCAUUGCAUAAUUGGUUCAGAGAAAUAGAGGUCAUAGCAAGAAAAAAAUUCAGCAAUUCAACGAGCUCCAUAGAGACAACUACCGAUUCACUGAACAAACCUCUCUAUACACAAUCCGGAAUCAAUGCUUCCAAUAUUCCUAUGACCCACACUGGUGUUCUUAUUUCGAACGAUACAGGGAAACCAGCUGGACUAGCAGAACAAACAUCUAUUAGUGAUUCCGUGCACAACAUUCCUACUGGAUACCAUGCAGUGGAACCAAUUGGACUAGCAGGUGAAGCGUCUACUAGUGAAUCCAUGCACAACAGCUCUACUGAAUUCCAUGCAGGGAAACCAACAACUGAACUAGCAGUUGAAGCGUCUACUAGUAAUACCGUGCACAACAUUUAUACUGAACACCUUGCAGGACAACCAAUUGCACUAGCAGGUGAAGAGUCUACUACUGAAUCAAUGCACAGUUUUACUGAUUUCAAUGCAGGGAAACCAACUGGACUACCAGGUGAAGCGUCUAUUAGUGAGUCCGUGCAGUACAUUUCUACUGGAUAUCAUGAAGGGAAACCAAUUGAACUAGCAGUUGAAGAGUCUACUACGGAAUCAAUGCACAUUUCUCCUGAUUUCAAUGCAGGGAAACAAACUGGAAUAGCAGGUGAAGCGUCUACUAGUGAGACCGUGCAGUACAUUCCGACUGGAUAUCAUGAAGAGAUACCAACUGGACUAGCAGGUGAAGUCUAUGCUAGUGAAUCCGCGCACAACCUUUCCACUGAAUACCAUGCUUCUCCUGGAACUGGAAACAACGAAGGAUCAACAACGAUGAUAAUGUCAACUACCAUUCCAACGAAUACAGAAUAUUCAAGUGAAUCUCUGAUUCCUAAUGAAUCUCAUGUAAUGACUUCCAAUACAGACGCUACAACAGUACCAGAAGGUCCAGAUGCUCAUUCAUUAUCCUAUAUGAAUACUGUUGUACCAGUGGUUGUGACUGAAUCACAGCCUACUGAGGCAUACCUAACAGAAACUGUUACACAUCAAGCUACUAAAGUUCAGGAAAAUUUGACUAUGAAUGAAUCCACUAUUACAGAAUCUACAAUUGACAGCUCAGUUACUGCUACUGCAGGCGUCCUUGUUUCAGAAACAUCAACGGUACCUUCUCCGAUGGACAUAAAUGUUCAGCCUCGCCCUAUAGAUGGAGAUGUAGAUGGAAAUAAAGAUGAAGAUGAAGAGGACGAAGAGGAAGAUGGAGCAGAGGAUGAUUAUGAAAAUGGUAGUGAAGGAGAUGAUGAAAAUAGUGAUGAGAGAGAUAUUAUUGAACCAGAAAUAUCUAACAAACCUUCAAAUGUCGGAAACACGUCUGAAUCCCAGGUAACCACUUCUGGAUUGCCAAUCGGCCAAAAUUCAUCUGACCAAACUAUCAUUUCACCUGGAACCAGUUCGAUAUUGAUGAUAAUCAACCCACUGUCACCAAAUGGAGUAACGAAGAUAACAAUCCAGAACUCACCGAUGAAGGGAAGCACAAAAUACUAUGAGAGGCCAAUUUCCAUUCAUUUUGGAGGCAGUUCCUCGAAAUUUGUCAUGGUCAACCAACCAGCAAAGAGACCUAUUUACAGUCAGUAUGGAAAAAGUACUAACACAAUUCCGUUUGCUAGUCCACAAUCUAGACCUUACAUGAAUCAACUCGGGGGACAAAGUUCGAUUCAAAUUCCAUAUGCUUAUCAACAACCAGUAAGACCUAUGUAUAUGUGCCUUGGGCAAAGUUACACACUGACUAGAUAUCCUCCCAAUCAACAAUCAGGAAGACCUAUCCAGAACUUGCCCGGAAAAAGUUCUUCCGCCAUUCUAUAUGGCAAUCCACGACCAAGACCUAUCCAAAACAUGCCCGGAAAGAGUUCUUCAGCCAUUCUAUAUGUCAAUCCACAAUCAAGGCCAAUCCAAAACAUGCCCGCAAAGAGUUCUUUUCCCAUUCAAUAUGCCAAUCCACAAUCAGGGAGACCUAUUCUCAUCAGGCCCGGACUAACGCCUACGAAUGUGCAACAUAUCAUCAAACAAUCAGGAAAAAGUUCUCCAACCAUUCAAUAUGCAGGAAGACCUAUCCGUCCUAUCCAAUCAGGAAAGAAUUCUCCAACCAUUCAAUAUGCCAAUCUACAAUCAGGGAGACCUAUCCUUCCUAUCCAAUCAGGAAAAAGUUCUCCAACCAUUCAAUAUGCAGGGAGACCUAUCCGUCCUAUUCAUUCAGGGAAAAGUUCUCCAACCAUUCAAUAUGCCAAACCACAAUCAGAGAGACCUAUCCUCAUUCGGCCAGGACUAACGCCUACGAAUACUCAAUCCACUCCCCAACAAUCUGGUGUGCCUUGUAUAAUUCAGCCUGGACCAUAUUCCAAAACUAUUCCCUAUGCCAAUCCACAAUUAGGAGUACCUGUCAAUAUGCGGCCUGGCUUGCAAUAUAACAAACAGAAACCAGGAGUGCCUUGUAUCAUUCAGUCUGGACCAGCUUUUGGAACUAAUCCAUAUGCCAACCUACCGUCAAGGGUACCAAAUAUUUACAAACAGCCUACUAAUGUACAAGGAUUUUAACGGAAAGCUCAUUUAAAAUAAGCUCCAAGAAUAAUAAAUGGGAUAGAAUAUGUCAUUGGAAUAUAAUUCAUAAGGCUACGUUCAGCGGCAGGUCGGACCAUGGUCAAUUCGUCUCAAUUCGUUCAGACCGUAGUCAGACUAUGGAUCAGACCGUGGUCCACGUAGUCUCAUUUAAAAUGAGGCCAAGCAUGGUCUAAAUCGUUCAGUCCAUUGUUUCCAUCAGUAAACGUCAGUUAUAUUUGACAUGAAUUAAUGACAUGCAAAUGCAUACGAAUUUGAAAGAAUAUCUUCGCGGGUGAGAUAACAUGAUGGCCAACAAGUUCAACAGAUAUUGCUUUAUGCCGCAGUGUAAACAGUAUGAAGUUAUGAAGAUACAAAAUGUAUCGAUACAGGUAAAUACAACAGGUUCUCCAAUCCUUGUCUUCAUUGGUGAAAGCUAUAGUUGUAUGUCCUGUUCACCAUCCACCAUCGGCCAAUAUCUUUUUUCGAUAUAUUUGAGAUUUCAACAAGCACCAUCGUUGAAAAAUCAGUCUGACCAUUUGAAUUUCGAAAUACAAAUAAAAUCAAAUGGGAGUUCUAAUGACAACUUUGACAGAUACUAAAACAAAUGCAUAGACCUUGCAUGGACCGAUGUCGUUCAGAACUCCUAUGCUUGUUGUGGUCCGACUACGGUGGUCCAGACCUGACGCUGAACGUAGCCAUGUCAGUACAUUAUACAGGGUGUCCCUGAAUCUUCUUCACAGAAACUUACCACAUAUUCCUCAGAUAAAAACAAUUCGAUACUAGCAAAGUUACCUCAGUGCAAAGGUGCUUAGUUUGAACGCUGGACGGCUAGUAAGUUACAAUUUUUAGAUCGUUUUUGCUUCAUAACUUUGAAACACCUCAUGACAUUCCACACAAAUCUGGUACGUUAGCAUAGCUUCAUCGGACAAUAGAACCCAUAUCAUGAUAAUUAUAAAUAUCAUCCCAUGAGCGUAGAGCUUGAUUUAUUCAGUAAAUAAUCAUCUGAAACUUCUAUCCCAAUGGAAAGAGAGGGGUUCCAAUUUGAAUUUUGGAUUGCGUAACUUGCUUACUACAAAAAACUAUCCCUGAUAAAAUUCAAUUACUCUCAUGGUUUCGACAAAAUUCGAAUUUUAGUAAUUUUAAGCACCAGUUGAAAUUGAAACGGUAUACAGAUAUGUCAUGAAAAUUGUCUGGGAGCUAAAAGGCAAAGCUCAUAGCACAUUCAAUUUUUUUUGUCGUAUAAAUCUUUGUAUAAGUCAGAAUGAUAGUGAAAUAUUUUCGAGAAAUAUAUGUUAAUCGUUUCAGUGUAAACUGAUGCUUUGAAUUUCUGAGGUCAAAUUCGGUCGAAAUCAUAAGACCAAUCGAAUCAAGAACACCUUUUUGUAGUAAACAAGUUACGCAAUACAAAUUCCAUAUUCAAACCUCUUUCUUCCCAUUGGCGUAGAAGUUUCAAAUGUUUAUUUACUGUAGAAUUCAAGUUCUACGCCCAUGGACUGAUAUUUAUCAUUAUCAUGAUCACGGUUUAUAGAAUAUGGUGUAAUCCCAAAACGCAAUAAUGGCAUAUUAGUUCUCAGUUAUCCACAAGAUGCUGACACUUUUUACAGAUUUCUCUCAUGACAGAAAACAGAAAACCGCGCUUACACACCGCUCGCACCAGAAAUAAUAUUAUCAUAACAUUCAUAACAUAACCUCAAUUUCAAUUUCAGUCAAGAUUCCGCCAUCUAACGGGUAAAAUGCGACCUAAUAUAUUCCGCAAUAUUGAAAAGAAUCCUUCUGUCAAGUAGGUCGUAGGUCAAGAACUUUGACCGAAAAACUGUAGAUGUGAUUUGAUAGGAGUUUCUACACCAUAUUCUGUUCAUCCUGAUCAUGAUAUGGGUUUUAUUGCUCAAUGUAACUAUGCCAACGUACCAAAUUUGAGUGACAUUCUUUGAGCCGUUUCAAAGUUAUGAAGCAAAAUCGAUUUGAAAAUUGUAACUUCAGAGCCAUCAAGUGUCCAAACUAAGCAACUUCGUACUGAGGUGAAUUUACUUGAAUCGAAUUGUUUUGGUCUGAGGAAUAUGUGGAAAGUUUUUGUAAAUACUUCUAGGGACACCAUAUAAGUCUAUAUAGUGUGUAAAUAAAGUUAUCAUAAGAUUAA